AGUAUGUGAGUGGUGCAGAGUAGUGAGCAGCAGCUGUCUGGACAUACAUUUUGUCUGGACAUACAACAGGUUUGGACAUACAUUAUGUCAUAAUAAUAACAAAAAGCAAUAAGCAUAAGCAAUUUAUAAAAGAGGUGCACCUGUACCCUGAGGUGUUUAAUGCUCGUUCUUUUUAAUAAUGGCAAAGGCAUGAAAAAGUCAAUCCCGUCAAGGCAUCCAGCUUUCGCCGCGUGCAUGACCUUGCUAAUACCCAAUUCACAUCUCAGGUUUAAUCUUAUCAACUGUAAACAUAAAGCGGUUUUCACACGAGGGCGGUGUUCAUCUCGGAGAUGACGUCAAGAGGCAGGUCUCGGUCGAGCCCACCAAUGAGACAGGCAGUUCGGUUCUUUUGGGGCACAUCGCAAUGAAUGGGUGUCGUUGCUUUACAAGGCAAAGGAGCAAUCACAACAAGACGCGGAUAUUGAGGGGAUGCGGCAUCGGCACGCGGGAGCUGUCCACCAGCAGCACAGCAACGACACGGAUGCUCGUGACAGUCAAAAGGAAGGAUCUCGUCCAGUCGCCGCGCUCUUUAGUCUGCCGCCCCCUCCGCCAUCGAUAAAGGAGCGAUCCACCUCCUCACAUCACAGCCGACAUGUACAGCCUUGUCCGGACCGCGGCACUAGGAACGGCGAGUGCGUGCCUUUGACCGGCCACUGCAGCCUCGCGCACAGUGACCGUGCGCCUUACGACAACCAGCCGCAUCCGUUUCCAGGGGCCUCAUCUGGCUAUCAGUGUCAUUUUGAGGGGCUCUCGCAGAGCAGCCAUUCUCCUCAGCACAAAUCUUCCGUUUCCCCGCAGCCCUCCCCAUUUGAUCUGCUGCCGUCGCCUCUGCCUUCGCACAUUUCUAAUACGCGGGAUACGCGCCAAAAGAGUACUAAUUACAAACAAGACAUCUUACAGCGUCGCGUCGGGGAGGGGGGGCGUCGAGACCAAAACCAGUUGCUGCAGCAACCUUGUUAUAAUCAACAAAGGGACCCCUCCUUUGAGCUACUCUUGCCAAACUCUUGUCAAGGACAGAUAAAUGCACGCGAGGAAGCAGAAAAGGAGAGGCAAAUAAUUGAGCCUCAGGCUCAGUUACUGUUGGGCAGCAGCUUGCCCAUCAACUACUGCAUCAGCGGAUCGGGACAAGUGUGCAGAAACAAGCAGGCGCCGCUGUUGCAGCAUCAGCAUCAGCAGGGUCGCGCGCAGGAACACAGCCUCCAGCGGCAGCAGAGUGACCGAGACAGCAGCGGGUACCAGGAGGGGAAAAUCGCAAUCUGUCAGCCGUAUCAAUGCGAGCGCGCGCUAGAGAGAACCUCGUCGGUAUCUAGUAGUGACAACAGCAGCCCCCCGUACGGCUCCAGCAGUCAACUGUGGCCAGAGCCCCACGACAAGGAGGACAGGAGAAAUCGCGCAAGCAAACACAAGGCACAUGCUGAGCGAACAAAGCUGAGCCAUGCUGGAUCCAAGCCCUCCCUCUCCGAGAGCAGUCACUCACUCCCUCAGAUAGCCAUGAACAGCUGCAAGUACAAUGGAGGAGUGGUAAGGCCACUGGGCAGCCUGGCGGCGUCACGACGCAACCUAGCAGAGCAUGACUCUGAGACCCAGCCGCUCCAGACACUUCACAGCUCUGGCCUGGAAGUGGUUGUCUCUAAGGGCGGUGGCGAGGACCCCAGCAAGGCGUCCAAUGAGAGCCUGGUCCGAGAGAGUGGCAACGAACCACAGAAAAAAAAUAAAGAUAUUGGCUACAAGUUGGGCCACAGGAGGGCACUUUUUGAGAAGCGCAAGCGGCUUAGUGACUAUGCCCUGAUAUUCGGUAUGUUUGGGAUCGUUGUCAUGGUAACAGAGACUGAACUGUCUUGGGGGGUUUACACUAAGGAAUCUUCAUAUUCAUUUGCACUGAAAUGCCUUAUCAGCCUUUCCACUGUUAUUUUGCUUGGUCUUAUAAUAAUGUACCACGCUCGGGAAAUACAGCUGUUCAUGGUGGACAAUGGGGCGGAUGACUGGAGGAUAGCCAUGACAUAUGAGCGCAUCUUCUUCAUUGUCCUGGAGCUGCUGGUAUGUGCCAUUCACCCAAUCCCGGGCCAGUAUGUGUUCACAUGGACGGCCCGGCUGGCUUUCACCUACGUGCCCUCCGUGGCAGAUGCCGACGUAGACAUCAUCCUUUCCAUCCCCAUGUUCCUCCGCCUCUACCUGAUUGGCCGGGUCAUGCUCCUUCACAGCAAGCUCUUCACCGACGCAUCCUCACGCAGCAUAGGUGCCCUCAACAAGAUCAACUUUAACACACGAUUCGUCAUGAAGACCCUUAUGACCAUCUGCCCGGGCACCGUGCUGCUGGUCUUCAGCAUCUCCUCCUGGAUCAUCGCGGCCUGGACCGUUCGGGUCUGUGAGAGGGAUGCCAUGUAUCAUGACAAACAGGAAGUCACUAGUAACUUUCUGGGAGCUAUGUGGCUAAUUUCCAUAACUUUCCUAUCAAUUGGCUAUGGAGAUAUGGUUCCUCAUACCUACUGUGGGAAAGGGGUCUGUCUGCUCACAGGAAUCAUGGGAGCUGGUUGCACUGCACUUGUAGUCGCAGUGGUAGCCAGAAAGUUAGAAUUGACAAAAGCUGAGAAACACGUCCAUAAUUUCAUGAUGGACACCCAACUUUGUAAACGAGUAAAGAACACAGCUGCCAAUGUACUCAGGGAAACAUGGCUCAUCUACAAACACACCAAGUUAGUAAAGAAGAUAGAUCAUGCCAAAGUGCGCAAACAUCAGCGCAAGUUCUUGCAGGCCAUUCACCAAGCUCAGAAGCUCCGCAGUGUGAAAAUGGAGCAGAGGAAACUCAAUGACCAGGCCAACACUCUGGUGGACUUGGCGAAGACUCAGAAUGUGAUGUACGACCUGGUGUCAGAGCUGCAGGAACGCAGUGAGGAGCUGGACAAGCGUAUUGGCACAUUGGAGGACAAGCUGGACGCAGUCACCGGCAGCCUGCAGGCUCUGCCCUGUCUGAUCUCCCAAGCCAUAACUCAGCAGCAGCAGGACCUCCUGGAUGGCUUCGUGCACCGCUUCUGCCCUGCUUCGCUGGGCUCGGAACGCUCCUGGACCCCUUCCAGACGGCGGCGCUCGCCCUCCACUGCCCAGCACACUUCCUCCGACAGCGGCUAACGUGGGCCUGGACCUGCUCGCUGCUUCCAAAGGUCUCAGACUUAUAAACAUAAGAUGAACAAGCCGAGAUUGAGGACUCGUGUUAAUAAGUAGAGACAAAUUAUCAAAAAUAGUAGAUAUAUGGUUUAUGUUUAGCCAUUGUAUGGCUGUUCAAGUUAGCUUUUUUAUAAAGCCCUCAUAUAUUUACAAGACUGAGUUCAGGAAGCUGGAGUGAGUCCAGGAAACUGGUCCUUGAAAAUGCGAGAUCACGGGGUCCACGGGAAGGUGGGCCCAAGCAAUGCCUGCCAGAGUGAACCAACGCAGACCACAAAGGAGCGACGCACCCACAUAGAAGAGAUUCACUGGUCCUGUAUGACAUCUGUGCCAGGAUGAGCACCGAGAACACGUCACUUCAGCAUUCAGCUGGAGACGCAGGAGCACAUGACCUUACUACUGAGUAGAAUAAUGCAGGAAUGCCAACCUUAAGGAUUCAGUUCCCUUGGUCCAUUAAGGGAAAUUGGGUGCAACUAACCUUUUUUAGUUACAUAUUGGCAUGUUAUUUUUUUCAGUGCCUGAAUGUAUAGAUUGUGGAGGGUUGUCCAUUUACAAAUUUUGGAGCAAAUUUUUGUACAAUGUUAACACAAGCAUUGCAUUCCUUUUUCAGAUACAUUCCACUUGAAGACAUUUAACUUGUCUGUCUUAACAAUACCAUUAACUCUGUCGUACUCUUCUCUUAUUUUCUGAAGCCUUUCAAUACUUCCACCAGUUAGGGAAGGAAAAGAUGGAAGGAGGUAAGAGCAGGAAGGAAGGAAGGAAAAAAGGAAAGAAAUAUUGGAAGGAAGAAAAUAAAAGAAGCUGGUAACACUUUCAUUUUAACAAAAUCUGAGCUUCCAGAAGUGUUCACAUUACCGAGAGGCUGCGUUUUUGAAUCUGAAAUGACAGCACAGAGUGCUAAAUGCUGUGGUAGGCACAAAUGUAUGACAGGACUGAGAUUUAAACCUUGCAUGUUUCAGUGCAAUUGUGACGAAUGGAUUAUGGAUGGUUUUUUCAAAUGUGUGUGUGUGCUAUUUUGUUUUAUUUCACUUAUUUUUUACACAGAAAUGCAUUGGAUAGUAUUUUUAGAGUUGCAAAUAUAGCGGUGCAUUAAUGUGGUAAUGUAUGUUUAAUGCAUUCCUUGUUCUACCUACAAAUGAAUUCCUCAACCAAGAGAUUGGCGAAUCCGUGAAAACUAGAAUUAACACUAAACAAAUCAUUCUAUAAUCAUAAGAAGACCUUCUCUGAGAGAAUACAUCUGAUGGAGCGGAAGGAGAUGCUUCAGGAAGACAUUAUUGUGGCUCACACUUGCACUUUUCAGAACAUACCGUUAAGGCAGCUUGGAGCUAAAAUCUGUCUCUCCUGUUCACAUGUAUUUUACUGACAUCUAUGGAUUUAAAUAAUCACACAACUUUAAAAGCAACUGACAAUGUUAUGUGUUUGAUGGUGUAAUUGUCACAGAUUUAAAACCAAUGGUAAAUGACUGCAAACCAUCUCACUGCAACUUGCUUUAGAAAAGUUUUAUUUUUAUUUAUUUUUUUAUUAUUAUUAAUUUGAGUUAGUUUUCCUGUUAGUUUGAUAUAUAUAUUUUUUUUUUUAAAUCUGAGACAUUAUUUUAAUAUUUUUUUUUUAAAUAAGAUCAGGCAAAAAUGGGGUAGUAAUUAUUUCUGCUUGACUUAAUAUUUAGAAAUGAUAUUUUUUUGCCUAUUUUUAUUUUUCAAGAAUUUGGAUUCCUAACCAAAGCCUAUAUCCAUAUUAAAUUAAAAACUAAUAUAUUUUAUACAGCGUAUGACCACAUAGAAAUUAAGCUGCACACUCACUCAAAGACACAUACUUCAUUUGAGGUUGAAGCUAAAUUUCAUCCAAAACAUUUUUAAUAAUGCAUGUUUGCUUUUUCUGAUUUGCUCAUAAAACAUUUAAAUUAUUAUUAAAUUAAAAGUUUUCCAGUUUACCAUUUGGCGGCUUGAUCACAACUCCUAUCCAACUUGUUUCAGUCUUGUCAAUACUGUGUUUAGGUCUUACGUAUUUCCAGUCCUCUGUUCUUGUGUACAAACGAUGCCUAAAAUUAGCAACCUUGCCAAACAAUGAUGACUACAUUUAAAGUGAAAACUUCUCACAGCUUUCAUUGUUGAAAUAUACUUGACACUUCUAGCAGAUUUUGAUAAAAAGACGAACUGAGAAUAACAUUGUCAUAACAUUGAAUUUCUAAUGUAGACAAAAAUAGAAGAACAGGCUGCUUUACUAUUUAAGCUGCUGUUGGUGACCAAAAUCAAGUGCAAUUUAGAUAAAAAUAAUUUGGUGUAAAAAUGCAUGACCAUUACCCCUGUUCAUGCCUUUCUUUCACUGUCAACACAGUCUGAAUGUUGUUAUGUGCCAAUUAUGAAGUAAGACUCAGAUGCCUUCUGAUGUCAAACUGCAUACACGAGUAGAUGGAACACCAAAUCACUAGAAAGAUUUUUUUUUUUUUUUUUUUUUUUGACUACAUGAUUUUCUUUCAGAUUUUUCCUAAUUGCCUUUCUUUGUGAAAUACCUGUGAAUGAUUAUACAGAGAGAUGAACUUGCAUUUUGUAUCCUCCCAGGUUGACUGUACAUAAAGGCAUGGGUUAUCAUGGUCUCGUAUGUUGAGAUCCUCUUAUUUUGUUUACAUAGAGAUAGCCCAAGAAGCUACAGUGUGGACAAAAUCUACCCAUGUUUAAGAUAAUAAAUAUCAAAUUCUUUAGAAUA